CGAAGCAAGCUCUCCCUUUCCCGGAUAUACGAAACUACUACUCGAAGGGUGUAGGUCCCAGUUGAGGGAAGUAGAGCCGAGAAGCAUUCUGAACCACUUCACCAUUUUCUCAGGGUAUUCAGCGAGUGUGACAUGUCGACUCUGCGCUUUGGACAACACCUCAUCAAGGUCUCUGCCGUGUUCCUGCAGACGGAACUAUCCUUUGCUCUCGUCAAUAGGAAACCUGUGGUACCUGGACAUGUCCUUGUUUGCCCUUUGAGACAAGUGGAGCGUUUUCGCGAUCUCGGUCCAGAUGAAGUUUCAGAUCUCUUCAGCACCACCCAGAGGGUGGCUAACCUGGUUGAGAAGCACUUCAAUGCCACCUCCCUCACUAUCGCCAUCCAGGACGGCCCUGAAGCCGGACAAACUGUGAAGCAUGUUCAUGUCCAUGUGCUGCCCAGGAAAGCAGGUGACUUUGAGGACAAUGACAGUGUUUAUCAGGAGCUCCAGAAACAUGAUCGCCAAGGUCAGGAUGUUCCUUCAAAGUGGAGAUCGGAGGAAGAGAUGGCAGAAGAAGCCUCCAUCUUGAGGAAACAACUGGAGAACCCUUAGACCAAAUUGUCCAAAGGCCACAGUUUUAUGUUUUAUUGUCCUGCAGUAUUUUGUAAAGCUAGAAGGGAGCACUAGAUCUAUAAAUAAAGCAAGUGCAAAAAAUUAUUGUUUAAAAAAUUUGUUUCAAUUUCAUUCAGAAACUUGUAUUUUAUAUUAGCAUCUGUCUUGGUUAAGGUACAAUACUGCACAUAACAAACUGUUGUAUUUUCCCCUUUGGUAAGUAGAAUCAUGUGGUAUUAAGACAUGAAGGAUUUCGUUUCAUUGCUCAUUUUUAUUUUCUGCAUGCAAAAACUAUUAAUUGUUCUCUAUGAAAUUUAUUUUUUGGCAUAUUUUGGGGAAUUAAUUAAUUGGUUUAUUUCUGCAUUUUUCAAACAUUUCUGUUUUCAUCAAAGGCAAGUAAUAUUUUCUUAGUUAUGGGUUUCAGCCAACCCAUAUUUUGUAAAAAAAAAAAAAAAAUGCAAAUGCAUAAGAUGAUGGAACCAUACAGUGACAUAAUGGUGAUUUCUUUACAACCAUAACAAUAGUGAUCAUAUACAUAUACAAUCAUCCAAAUAGUGAUAUAUAAUAACAAAUAAACACAACAUGACUGGUUUAAGACUCUUCAUCCUUGUAUUUAGCAAACAUCAACUGCUUGCAUUGUUUCUUGAUUUGGCUCAUCGUUGUGCAUUGUUCAAGUUCCUUACUCAUUCGUUCCAUAGUUUGAUUCCACAACCUGAAAUUCUGUGGCUUUUUAAUCUUCUUCUCCCAUAGAAGUCUUUCGCCUUUACUUCUUUCCUGAGAUCAUAUUUUUCCUCCCUUCUAAAAGUAUUGGAUGACAUUUUUAGGUAAUUGGUUAUUAAUAGUUUUAUGCAUUAUUUUUACUGUUUGAAAAUUAAAUAUAUCAGCAAGUUUAAGUAUUUGUGAUUUUAGAAAUAGGGCGGCACGGCGGUCUAGUGGUUAGCGCGCAGACCUCACAGCUAAGAGACCAGGGUUCAAUUCCACCCUCGGCCAUCUCUGUGUGGAGUUUGCAUGUUGUCCCUGUGCAAGCGUGGGUUUUCUCCGGGUACUCCGGUUUCCUCCCACAUUCCAAAAACAUGCUAGGUUAAUUGGCCACUCCAAAUUGUCCAUAGGUAUGAAUGUGAGUGUGAAUGGUUGUUUGUCUAUAUGUACCCUGUGAUUGGCUGGCAACCAGUCCAGGGUGUACCCCGCCUCUCGCCCAAAGACAGCUGGGAUAGGCUCCAGCAACCCCCGUGACCCUCGGGAGGAAAAGCGGUAGAAAAUGAAUGAAUGAAUGAUUUUAGAAAUAAGGAGUACAUAUUAGUAUGUUCUCUGUAGGCAGCAUUAUGAAUUAUCCUUACUGACCUUUUUUGCAGUACAUUUAGCCAGUGAAGAUUGCUUUUAUAUUUCCACACAAUAAGUUAGAUAUGGUCGAACCGGAGAGCAAUAAAGAGUGUGGAGGGAUUUCUGAUUUCUGAAUAUUGAACUAUUUCUCACCACCCUAUGUUGUAUGUUUGUAAUUUGAGGUUUCCGGCUCAUAGUUUCAUCUAUUAUGAUCCCCAGAAAUGUAUUUUCCCUCACCCUUUCAAUGUCUGUACCAUUUAUUUGUAAUUGCUGGUACGUUACAUUACGGUAACACUUUGAGUAAAUCUCUAUAUUUUUACCAUAAAGAACAUUACUGUAACACUUUGGCUAAAUCUUUAUAUUCUUUCCAUAAAAACCAAUCCCAUUUAUCCCAAAUCUAAUUUGCAAUAACUAUAAAGACUAGUGAAC